AUGGCGAGCCAAAUUAGUAUUGUAAAAGCGGAAACACAAAUCAUUGAACAGAUCAAGAAGGCCCAACAAAGAGAUCAACUGGCUGAUACAUUGAAAGCCAGAGUGCUAAGAAAUGAGACAAAGGAUUUCGAGAUAACUCAGGAAAGGAUCCUUAAGUAUAAGAGAAGAACUUAUAUUCCCCCGAACUUAGAGAUUAAGGGGCGAAUUCUGGAAGAGGCAUAUAAGAGUUGCUACACCAUACAUCCAGGCAUGACCAAGAUGCAUUGGGAUCUUAAAGAAUCAUUCUGGUGGCCUAGUAUGAAGAGAGAUGUAACAGACUACAUGUCGAGGUACCUCACUUGUCAGAAGGUAAAGACAGAACACCAAAAGCUGUAA